AUGGUAGGGGGAGACAGGCGGUCUUCUCCCCGCUCCGACGGGGGUGGUGAUAAAGGGACGGCGGAUGGUGGUGGACGGGACCGGCGGAAGUCGGGUGUUGGUAUGGGCGGAGGAAGGAAGGGUUUGGAUGCUAGUUCGUCGGCUAAGGCGGGUGGUGGCAAACACUCGGCUAAGAGUGGUGGGAAGCCCUCGGGCGAUGGAGGUGCGGGCUCUACUCGCGGUGGCAAGGCCGCGGCUGAGGCGAGCGCAAGCCAAGGGGUUGCCCGUUCCGGGGUAGCUGUUUCUGCGCAGAACGCGCGGGAGGGACGUGAUGCUGCCGGUGUGGAUGGUGCGGGGUGUGAAGCUGAACGGAGCAGUACUGAUGUGCGCGCGGAGGUCUUGGCAAGUGGGGCAGAUGCAAUGCAGAUGGAGGAAACAUAG